AUGGCAAAUCUUACAAAACUCGACUUUGUGGCAAUUGAUAUUUCUGAAAGAAAUUAUUUAUCGUGGAUUCUUGAUGCUGAAAUCCACUUCGGUGCUAUGGGUCUUGGAGACGCCAUCAAAGAUCAAAAUACUGAAACAAAAAAAAAUAAGGCCAAAGCUAUGAUUUUCCUCCGCCAUCAUCUCCAUGAGGGGUUAAAGUCUGAAUAUUUAAUGAUAAAAGAUCCUCUUACUCUUUGGAAAAAUUUGAAAGAAAGAUAUGGCCAUCAGAAAACUGUCAUACUACCAAAUGCUAAUAAUGAAUGGUUGCACCUAAGGUUGCAAGAUUUUAAAUCAGUAAGUGAUUAUAACUUUGCAAUGUUUAAUAUCACUUCUAAGUUACUUUUGUGUGGAGAAAAAGCUACUAACUAUGAAAUGUUAGAAAAAACAUAUACUACUUUUCAUGCCUCAAAUGUGCUCCUGCAACAGCAAUAUAGAGAAUGA